UUAAAUGCUGCUUUUUAUGUUUUAACAGAAUGACCUCCAAAGAGAUUAGAGUAUUUAAUAAAAGGACAAAGCAACCUACACAGACCGAAAUCAUUACUAAUGAGAGAGAUUAGCAGUGUUUUGGGGGAGGAGAUAGAUUGGUAAUUGAAAUGUGUUUGCAAACAACCCAACAUAUUAAAGCCAGUUCCAGCUUAAUAAUCAUAUUUGUGUUGUUAAUCAUCAUGGUGGUUUCUUGCUGAUGUUUCAUGGUUGCAGGCAGGUUUUUAGGAAGGAAACUGAUUAGGUUGGAAAAAUGGAAUAAAUUUGGGGGAAAGGGAAACAAGCUCCCAUCUAUGUCCAAAGGCUGACAGAGAGGAUAAUCCUUCAAUUAAUAUUGCCUUCGAAAUCCAGAUGACCUAGGAAAUUAGAGCCAAGAUAAACUACCAACAAAAAAACUUUUAGCUUUUUUUAUAAAUAUGUCAAUUGAAGAUCUGGAUUUGAAUGAACGCACUAAUUAUAAAAAACAAUAUUAUAAUGAUUUGAUCUUUGGAUGGUGUAGGCUUGGGGGAAGUAUAGUAACAAAUUUAUGAGAGAAAAAAUAUUACGGUAGGGAUGCCCAGUUGUUAAGAUGGUUUUGAAAUGAGCUUUGAUGAUAUUGAGGGAAUUAUAGUCAAGUAAAGAAGAGCAAGGUUGAUUGAAGGUUGAAAAUCAAGAGAGAAAUUGAAGCCUAUCUUUCGUGAGGAUUAAUUCAAUAGCCAGUUUGAAGAAUCCAAAUAAAUUAUGUUGUGGGGAUUGACUAUUCUUGGCAGGUGUUUCUGUUUCCCUUCCAUUCUAAGGUUCUGGAGGUUAAAUUUCUGUUGAAUAACAGAGUGCUGUGGGGGUGGUUUGUAAAAUUGAGGAGCAGCUGAAGGAAUAAUGCUUGGACAUGUAUGGUGAACUGAAACAGUGUAGUGGCAAAAAGUAUUUAAGAGCAUCUGAGCAACAUCUGAGGAAGAAUCUUAUAACAACAACGUCCUUGCUUAAAAUUCUGGCAGUUAAGAUAAACAAUGACUUAAUCUGAAUAAGAAGAGAGAGAAAAAUGGGCCAUGGUGAGAGUUCAAUUCAGAAGAGGAACGCAACAUCAGCAUUGUCUUGUUGCUAUUCAGGAAGAAAUUCUGCUGCAGAAGCGUUUUGGCAUCGGUGAUGAGAAAUGGGGUAUGAUGUAGCACGUUUUCAAGGGGAUGUUGAUGAAGAUCUUAUUUGCCCCAUCUGCAGUGGGGUUUUGGAGGAGCCAGUGCAGGCGCCUCAUUGUGAGCACGCUUUUUGCAAUGCCUGUAUCACCCAGUGGUUCUCUCAACAGCAGACGUGUCCUGUCGACCGAAGCGUUGUGACUGUGGCUCACCUGCGCCCUGUACCCCGGAUCAUGCGUAAUAUGCUAUCUAAGCUGCAAAUCACGUGUGACAACGCUGUUUUUGGUUGCACUUCUAUAGUGCGGCUUGACAACCUGAUGUCUCACCUCAAUGACUGCGAACACAAUCCAAAGCGGCCUGUGACCUGUGAACAGGGAUGCGGCUUGGAAAUGCCCAAAGACGAAUUGCCGAAUCAUAACUGUAUAAAACAUUUACGGUCGGUAGUGCAGCAGCAACAGACAAGAAUAGCUGAAUUGGAAAAGACGUCUGCAGAACAUAAGCAUCAAUUAGCAGAGCAGAAACGGGACAUACAGUUGUUAAAAGCAUACAUGCGAGCGAUACGUAGUGUCAAUCCCAACCUGCAGAAUUUGGAGGAGACUAUUGAAUAUAAUGAAAUCCUUGAGUGGGUGAAUUCCUUGCAGCCAGCCCGGGUAACCCGGUGGGGUGGUAUGAUCUCUACACCAGAUGCUGUACUCCAAGCUGUAAUCAAGCGUUCCUUGGUGGAAAGUGGAUGCCCCACAUCCAUCAUCAAUGAACUGAUUGAAAAUGCCCAUGAACGGAACUGGCCCCAGGGCUUGGCCACCCUAGAAACUCGCCAGAUGAACCGACGCUAUUAUGAAAACUAUGUGGCCAAACGCAUCCCAGGCAAACAAGCUGUGGUUGUGAUGGCCUGUGAGAAUCAGCACAUGGGAGAGGAGAUGGUGCUAGAACCAGGCCUGGUGAUGAUAUUUGCACAUGGAGUGGAGGAAAUUUAAAGACUCAACAGAGAUGAUAAAACAGCGUGCUUGUAUACAUACGUACACACACACACACACACACACACACAUAUAUAUAUAUAUAUAAAAAGAGAGAGAGAAGCUCCAACUCUUAAGCCCACUGAUUCUGUUUUGUUGUGCUAUAUCAGGGCAUCAUUCCUCUCUUUGUUGAAUAAAAUGCUACUCCUUAAUUAUACUGGGCAUGAGCCCAGGAAUUUAUGCAAAAUGCCAUGCUGCACUCCCUUCUCCUUAUGGUCAUUAACCCUGGUCUGAUGUUGACAAAGAUUUCCAAAUGUCUACAAAGGAGCACAAGUUCCUCCCUGUUCCAGAAAGAGCUGUGGUCUUCAGUCGUAUAAAGUCUUUGAACUCCUGAUAUGACUGCAUUGGCCUAUGUAGCCUGGUUCCUGUUUUGGAUCUGUAAACCAUGACUUAAGAUUUUGAGAAGCUGAAAGUUAUCCUGAAGAAUUUUAGCCCAUCACUUCCAGGUCCGUUUGGCUUCUCUCCUCUAAGGCAUCUCUGUGAAGUAAUGGGAUUUACACAGUACUUUUAAGAUAAGUUUUAAGCUUUUAUGUGGAGAGGGAUUUUGAGCGAAGGGAAAAGUAAAACAUGAGAAUACAGAUGCCAAGUCGGAGUUGUAAGUAAUGCCAAAUGUAUGCAUCAAUAGAUCCUUCAAUGUAAACUGUUUUGUGGAGCCAAAAAGCUGCAUCAUUUGGAGAACAAUCUGCAACUCAUUUUGGAUGUGUUUACAUUAAGAAGUGGUCCUUUCCUAUUGUGGCUUGGUUUUCAAAGGAAGUCACAUUCUUUAGCUUUGUAGCAUUGUUACCACCACUGCAGGAUAAAAUGUGAUUCUCCUAACGUCUAGAGCUCAGUUUUCUCCAUGCUCUUGAAAGGUGGCUGAAGCAUCUUGGAUGCUUGGUGGACUUCUCCUUUCUGAUAAGAAGCAAGCCUUCAAUCGUACACAUCACUCCACCUGAUCAGAAAUGGUCCUUCUAAAUUGCAUGUGCCAUUUAAAGUUGUAUCAACUUUCAUAACCUUUUGAAGAAAACACAAAAAGAAGAAUGGACUCAGAUUUAUGUAGUCUCAUUACGUUGCCUAUUUUGAAAAAUCAUCUGUAUUUAUUUUCUUUUUUCACAUUUUGAUUGUGUUUAGUCUUGUAUUUUUGUGCUUGUAUGUUUUUCUUUUCUUUUUUUUAAAAAUACAAUAGCUAGGAAUGGCUUCAAAUUUAGUUUACCUGUCAAAUUUAAUUUAUUUGCCAUCUUUGGUUUCUGUUUUUAUAUAUAUAUCAACUUCCUUCCAAUGCUUUAAAUAUUUGUUAAUUGCUUAAAACAUUUCUGCUGGAGUUCUUGAGGACAAGGAAUAAAUGCAUUGAUAAAGGAGCAGUUAAAGUUGCUGUGAUUGAAGUGUUUUGCUAUACAGUCCAUUCUGAGCGGCUUUCAUAUAUUACAUAGGCUAAAUAUUCUUCUGUGACUAGGAAUAUUUAAACCAGGCUUGACUUUCUUCUCCUAGUGUUUAAUACAGAUUUUCUUAACGCUCUGGUAUCAGAGGUUUGCAAUGGUGCAGAAUUUGGAUCAUGUCAGACAAACAGUUGCUUCUUCAGAUGUCUGGGAUAAAGAAAAUUGCUCCAGAAAUCCUCAAUGGGAACAAUGGCUUGAGAAGACCUUGUGCUCUCACCAGAAGCAGCAUGGGAAAUUUUCUCAUUAUGUGCAAUAGUAAGCGGCCUAAUAUUACAUGAUGAGCCCAUGGUGGAGAAUCCAUGUUAUAGCAAUACGGUUCUCAUUCCUGUUGGUUACUGGCAACGUCUUCUAUGAAAGAGAAGAGAGAGGGGACCCUGGAGGAAGAUACAGUAGUUCAAUUUCAGUCACCUAACAAAAGCAACUCUUUUCCUUCCAUCAUUUGUACAAAUAAAAGAUUGUGAAUAAUUCUCAACAUUUGCCAGGCAGAUGCUGUUUCAGAUUUUCUUUUAUGCCUGUGCUUUGAAGACUCAGUUUGGUGGCCUUCUUUGCAAAUCUGAUGGAUGGGUUUUGCAUCAUUUUUCAGCUCUGCUGGGUCCUCAUUUCCCGCAAUCUUUCAUUUUAAUCUUUGCUGACAUACUGCUUUAUGUUCUUCCUCUCUCUUCUUCCUCGUCCACACCUCUUUGAUGGUAGAGUUUUGUUUUAGAAACCAAGUCUAUCCCUGAUAACUGUUUCUAGUGCUGUGAAUUAUUACUUAUAAGUAUCUUAAAAGUUCCUUGAAUAGUACUACUCUUUGUAAGUCAUGUUAAAAUACUUGGAAUGUGCAUCAAAAAUCAGGUCAGUUUUAGGGGUGGAAUGGGUUGUGUUCAUGUCUGUAAUAUGACAUGUUUUGAAAGGGGAUUUAUUUGUUGAAGAUUACUUCUAACCAAGAGUCCCUGUUGCUCAGGAAUUUGAAAAAAAGCUGCUAAAUCCAACCUAAUAACUGCAUCUUGAGCUAACUGCAUCUCUUAAUGUUGUUCUCCUAACACACCUUGUCUUUCUCCUCAGUGUCCUGCUGUUGCUCUUCCUUGUGCUUUAAAACAUCCAAUAGAAAUUGUCAUGUCUUCUGCCAGUAUCCAAAUCAUGGUUGCAUUUUGUGUUUUAUUGUUCAGUUGUGCUGACUGCACUAAUA